AUGGGGACGGAGCAAGUCAAUAUGAGGACGGAGCAAGUCAAUAUGGGGACGGAGCAAGUCAAUAUGGGGACGGAGCAAGUCAAUAUGGGGACGGAGCAAGUCAAUAUGAGGACGGAGCAAGUCAAUAUGGGGACGGAGCAAGUCAAUAUGGGGACGGAGCAAGUCAAUAUGAGGACGGAGCAAGUCAAUAUGGGGACGGAGCAAGUCAAUAUGAGGACGGAGCAAGUCAAUAUGGGGACGGAGCAAGUCAAUAUGAGGACGGAGCAAGUCAAUAUGGGGACGGAGCAAGUCAAUAUGGGGACGGAGCAAGUCAAUAUGGGGACGGAGCAAGUCAAUGAGGGCGGAGCAAUUCACUAUGUGGAUGGAACAAGUCAAUAUGGGGACGGAGCAAGUCAAUAUGAGGACGGAGCAAGUCAAUAUGGGGACGGAGCAAGUCAAUAUGGGGACGGAGCAAGUCAAUAUGGGGACGGAGCAAGUCAAUAUGGGGACGGAGCAAGUCAAUAUGGGGACGGAGCAAGUCAAUAUGGGGACGGAGCAAGUCAAUAUGAGGACGGAGCAAGUCAAUAUGGGGACGGAGCAAGUCAAUAUGAGGACGGAGCAAGUCAAUAUGGGGACGGAGCAAGUCAAUAUGGGGACGGAGCAAGUCAAUAUGGGGACGGAGCAAGUCAAUAUGGGGACGGAGCAAGUCAAUAUGGGGACGGAGCAAGUCAAUAUGAGGACGGAGCAAGUCGAUAUGGGGACGGAGCAAGUCAGUAUGAGGGCGGAGCAAGUCAAUAUGGGGACGGAGCAAGUCAAUAUGAGGACGGAGCAAGUCAAUAUGGGGACGGAGCAAGUCAAUAUGGGGACGGAGCAAGUCAAUAUGGGGACGGAGCAAGUCAAUAUGAGGACGGAGCAAGUCAGUAUGAGGGCGGAGCAAGUCAAUAUGGGGACGGAGCAAGUCAAUAUGAGGACGGAGCAAGUCAAUAUGGGGACGGAGCAAGUCAAUAUGAAGGUCGGGCACUGUUGUGA